AUGGAUCAAGCAGAAAAACUUUCUGCAGACAGAAGGAAGAGUUUCCUCUCAGCUGAUGAGAAAAAGAGCAGUGGCUGUAGAACCCUUGUGGGAUUUUUAUGCAUAUUCCCUGUGGUGGCUUUGCUGGCUACUGUAGGAGACCCAGCUGGAGCUGCAGUUCAGCAGAGUCAGGAAGGUCCCUCCCCUGCUCCUCCCGGGGUGGGUGGCUCUGCCCCCGCGGUGGCAGCCGGGGCCCCGGGGCGCAGCAGGAGGUACAGCAUCACCCCGGGGCGCCUCAAGUGGGACCACUUCAACCUGACCUACAAGAUCCUGUCCUUCCCCAGGCACCUGAUAAGUGCCAGGGACACCCGCAGGGGGCUGGCGGCCGCGUUCCGCAUGUGGAGCGAGGUGUCCCCCUUCAGCUUCAGAGAAGUUCCACGCCACGUAGCCAGUGACCUGAAGAUAGGCUUCUACUCCAUCAACCACACGGACUGCCUGGAGUCUCUCAUUCACCACUGCUUUGAUGGCACCACAGGGGAGCUGGCCCACGCCUUCUUCCCCCCCAAUGGGGAAAUCCAUUUCGAUGACCACGAGUACUGGAUACUGGGGAACACCCGCUUCAGCUGGAAAAAAGGUGUCUGGCUUACCGACCUGGUCCACGUAGCAGCUCAUGAGAUAGGCCAUGCCUUGGGCCUGAUGCACUCCCUGAACCCCAACGCCCUCAUGCACAUCAACGCCACCCUGACUGGGAAGAAGACCAUCUCCCAGGAUGAAGUCUGGGGGAUUCACAGGCUGUAUGGAUGUAAAGACAGAUUGUUCAUGUGCCCAUCCUGGGCUCAAAAAGGAUUCUGUGAGAAGAGGAGGAAGCUGAUGAAGAAGCACUGUCCAUCCACCUGUGACUUCUGCUACGAAUUCCCAUUUCCAACGGUUCCCCCCACUCUGCCUCCUCCAAGGACCAAAACCAAGACUGUUUCUGAGGGCAGGAACGUCACCUUCCGCUGCGGGCAGAAGAUAAUCCACAAGAAAGGCAAAGUUUACUGGUACAAAGAUAAGGAGCUUCUGGAGUACUCCUACCCAGGUUACUUAUCUUUAAAUGAGGAUCACAUGAGCAUCAUUGCAAACGCCAUUAACGAAGGAACUUACACUUGUAUAGUAAGGAAAAAGGAGAGGAUCUUGACUACUUACUCCUGGAGAAUCAGACUGAAGCACUAA